GACAGUCAGAGAUAGAGGCAGACACACACAGACAUAGAUAGACAUACACAUACAGAUAGACAUACACAUACACAGACAGACAGACAGUAUGGAGUGUGGGUUGAGCCGCUGGCGGCAGCGGCAGCAGCACCGGCCGCUCCAGGAGAGCGGGGACAGGCGGGUUGAGGUUGCGGGGCGGCGGCGGUGCCGGGGGCUGGGGGCAGCGUUGAGGACGCGGCUGCCGCUGGGUCGGGUGGAUGACAACGCUGAGCCCAGUCCGGGCCGGCACAGUGCGGGCAGCAGCAACAAGCCCCGCGCCUUGCACAGUCUGGGGCGCUCCGCCAGGAACACAUGGGGCAAUGUCUCGCAGAGACUCCAGAAGAGGCGACAGGGUCGGGGUGAGUUCCUGGUGGUCACUCCGUCGAAGCCCCAGACUCCACGGGGCCGCCGCUGCGGUCCGGCCUCUAGGCGGCGGUCUUCUCCCCGGACCCCUGUGGGCGGGGGUCUCCGCUGCUCCCCACCCAGCGGGACCCCCACCCCCACGGGCUCCAAGGCCAAGUGGAGCGACAUCGCCCUCCUCCUGGGCAAGGACGGGCUUCCCUUGAGGAGAUCGGUUCGAGCGGCCGCAUUGAAGAGUCCGUACGGAUCGCCCAGGGGAACCAUCAGGCAAAGGCAGUUUGACCGAGAUCUGGAAUCGGUGUCUUUUGGGAUUGGCCAGCUGCAGCGUUUGUCCCAGGUCUUCGAUGAAGCCAUUACCAAGGAAGAAAGAGCACGAGCCGUUGAAAACUACCGCCGCGUCAUGUCAGAAAACAUUCAGGUCUCGGAGAUUCGGGCGAGGAAACUGUCCUCUUCAUCAGUCAGAAGAACAACGAUCAGGCUCCGCUCUGCGCUCAGCUCCUUGGCCGACGAGGCUUUAGCCAACGUGGCAGAGCGGCGGAGAGAACGGAACUGAUCGGCAACUGUGCUCGAACUGCUUCCAUGUUGGAAUUCCGCUUCCAAGAUGGCGCCCAAGACGGGCGACCAUUGGCGUGCCAGCCACAGAAGCAGAUCUACAACCAAUCGCUCCGUAAAUCUCUACUCCGUCAGCAACAUUCCUUAUUGGCCUGUCCCACUUACGCGACUUUUUCGGCGACUGCCGGCACCCGUCACAGGUCGUUGCAGGUCGCCGAAAAUGUUCCACGUGUUGC